UGUUUGGUUUUCCGGGCAAGUCAAUAGCCUUGUUCCAGUGAAAUGUUUGAACGGUUCCCCACGCCCGGUGCAGGUGCAGGUGCAGGUGCAGGUGCAGCCCGGCCCCGGCCGCCCAGACAGCGACAGGUCAGGAAGUCACAGCUCAGGACAGAGGCAGUCACCGGGCUCAGCUGUAACUGGAGCCCGAACUGCUCUGCAGCGCCUGUAAGCAGCUCCAGCCCCAACACAGGCCCCCGGGAGCAGGGCCAGCCCGGGCCCAGCCUAUAACUAGGACAGGGACGGGGGAAGGGAGGGGGCAGGAGUCCGCCCCGCUUGUCUCCGGCUGCUCUUUGGAUGGUCCAAGGGCCAGUCAGCAGCGUCCCGCUGCCCAAAGCUCCGGAGUGGAGUCGAGCGGGGCCGUGGCCGGUGGCGCUGAGGAGCCGGGCUCGCUGCCCCGACAAGAUAUUUGAUACUGCAUUUUAUGGGACAAGCAAUUCUUAAAAGGAGAAGACACAUAUAGGAAAGGAUGUUUCAUUUAAUCAAAGGAGUUAAAAAAUGUUAUGGUCCUUCUGUCAGUCAAAUGCACAAAGUAACAGGAUUUCCAUUUAAAACACCCACACUCAAAAGCUUACUACCCUAUAGUGGGCAACAAUUAAAAACUUCACAUACAUUCUCUAAACUUAGUUCUGAAAAUGCAGACUCUUACAGUUACAUCAUAGUUGGAGCUGGAUCAGCAGGGUGUGUAUUAAGCAGCCGAUUGACUGAAGAUCCUCUUAGUACUGUUUUACUUUUGGAAGCAGGCCCUAAAGACACCUUUCUAGGUAGUAAAAGAUUAAUGUGGAAGAUUCAUAUGCCUGCUGCAUUAACCUAUAAUCUUUGUGAUGAAAAAUAUAAUUGGAAUUACCACACAACACCACAAAAGCACAUGGAUAAUCGAAUUAUGUACUGGCCCAGAGGUAGAGUGUGGGGUGGUUCCUCAUCUCUCAAUGCUAUGGUGUACAUUCGGGGGCAUGCAGAAGACUACAAUCGAUGGCAUAGAGAAGGUGCUGUGGGAUGGGACUAUGAAUUUUGCUUGCCUUAUUUUAAGAAGGCACAGACUCAUGAGUUGGGUCCUAACCUGUACAGAGGUGGGACUGGACCAUUGCAUGUGUCAAGAGGAAAGACGAACCAUCCUCUUCAUCAUGCAUUCCUGGACGCAACCCAGCAGGCUGGCUAUUCUUUCACAGAUGAUAUGAAUGGUUACCAACAAGAAGGAUUUGGCUGGAUGGAUAUGACUAUACACAAAGGUCAAAGAUGGAGCACAGCUAGUGCUUACCUUCACCCCGCUAUAACACGCCCAAACUUGUCCACAGAAGAUAGAACACUUGUAACGAGAAUUUUGUUUCAAGGGACAAAAGCCAUAGGGGUUGAGUAUGUCAAGAAUGGGCAAAAGAAAAAGGCUCUUGCCAGUGAGGAAGUGAUUUUAAGUGGAGGUGCCAUAAAUUCCCCACAGCUGCUUAUGUUAUCUGGGAUUGGAAAUGCAGAUGACCUCAAAAAAUUAGGGAUUCCUGUUGUUUGUCACCUUCCUGGGGUAGGCCAGAAUCUUCAAGAUCAUUUAGAAGUGUACAUACAGCAGAAGUGCACCAAGCCUAUUACUCUCUACAAAGCACAAAAGCCUGUUAACAUGGCAAAGAUUGGUUUAGAAUGGCUUUGGAAAUUUACAGGAGAUGGAGCUACUGCCCACUUAGAAUCUGGUGGGUUUAUUAGAAGUCGGCCAGAUGUUCCUCAUCCAGACAUUCAGUUCCAUUUUCUUCCUUCUCAGGUGAUUGAUCAUGGACGUGUUGCUUCCAAGCUGGAAGCUUACCAGGUUCAUGUUGGACCUAUGAGGAGCGCAAGUGUGGGCUGGCUAAAGCUGAAAAGUACAGAUCCAAGGGACCAUCCUGUGAUUGAACCAAACUACUUGUCAACGGAAACAGAUGUGUGGGAAUUUCGUCAGUGUGUCAAGUUAUCCAGAGAAAUUUUUGCUCAGAAAGCUUUUGAAAAAUUCCGUGGUCCUGAAAUUCAGCCAGGAAGUCAUGUACAGUCUGACAAAGAAAUAGAUGCUUUCAUAAGACAGAAGGCUGAUAGUGCUUAUCAUCCUUCUUGUACCUGUAAAAUGGGGCAGCCAUCUGAUACAACUGCUGUGGUUGAUCCUCAGACCAAAGUAAUUGGGGUUGAAAACCUGAGAGUCGUAGAUGCCUCAAUAAUGCCAAGUGUGGUCAGUGGAAAUUUGAAUGCCCCUACCAUCAUGAUAGCAGAAAAAGCUGCUGAUAUAAUCAAGGGGUUCCCAUCACUCAGUGAGAAAAAUGUUCCUGUAUAUAAACCUCAAACCUUGGAAACUCAGCGAUGAACAAAAUGCUCACACUUAUUUGCCAGGUGAGUUUUUGCCCACAUAUGGAAAUCUUACAUUGGAUUUUGCCAAGAGAAUAAAUGUAUUGCUACAAAAAAUUACAGGUAGGUAUUAAUCCACUACCUCUCCAAUAUUAAGAAGGCUGUAGCAGUCAUUUAAAAAUAAUCCAAGUUGUUUGCAGUAACUGUUCAUUUUAGUCAAGCAUUUAGGUGUUGACCAGUUUUUGUAAUAUACUUUGAAGUUUAUGCUGAAGAGGAUUAGUUCUGCCUUACAAAAAGGAGACACAAUCAUGUGAGCCAUCAAGGAGUUCAGGACCUGUAUGGCUGAGUGUGGGAUGGUAGAAGUGGAUGUUUGCUGCUUUGCAUAGAACAGUAUGACACUUAAAAUGGCUUCUGUGCUUGGGCUAACAGAGAUGUUGUCAGAGGCCUCAAUGGAGCCAUAAUCCUAGCAAGUGAUGUAAAGGUUGCCUUUUAUGUUGAAUCUCACUUAGUAUUCUUUGCUUGCAUGGUUAUCCUUGAUAAUAGUUAAUAAGCAAGAUCCCCAUCCUGAAGAAUCUUCUAUGCAUACUUAACUUUCCGGACUGCGUGUAAGUGAAGCAUCUGUGAAAGUCUUUGCAGUAUCAGGCCCCAAAAUAGUGAACACUCACAUUAAUGCAGAGAAAGGAAUUUGUAACAUUACAUAAUUUCUUUUCUAUAUAAUCUUGCAGAGGCAAUACACAGUUUACAACACAUCAUCAUCAAGACUUUUACUUUCAACUUGAGUAGUUCUUGAUUUUAAUGGUCUGUUUAUGGAGUAAGGUACUACUCAGCAUAAGCAACAGUAGCUCUGUCAGGCCCCAGGUAAUUUCAACAUAGCUAUCAAUGUCAACUUCAUUUAUUGGUGUUUACAUAAUCAUUUAUAGUAACGUGGGUAAUGUAUUGUGGAGGUACUGAUCACAGCUCUAUUGUUAAGGAUGAGUUGACUUUAAAACUUAAAUGCAUAUGUAUAGUAUUCGGGUAAUAGUAUAAUCAGAUUAAAAAGAUAUCCAUAUUUGAUAUACAGUUUGGCUUAAUAGCCUCUAUAAAAACAGAAAAAGCUGAUGAUUUAAAAUCUCUAUAGUGGUGACAAACUCUUCAUGUUCUUUGUAUU